AUGUCUUCCUCAUCCAGCUCACGAUCUCUAUCAUCACCAUGGCCCGAAGACGCUCCCAGCCGUGGCGACACCGCCAGCAGCGUAUCCGAUAUCUCCACCAGCACAUCAGACAAACGACCACCUUCUCCUCGCAAGCGACCAGCCACCUCAUGCUCGGGUAUAAGCAAGCCCUUCCGAUCGCCCCUCAAGCGACAGCACACCCAAAGCAGCAUGUCUUCGAACGCCCCCUCCUCAUCAUCGACGCAGCACUCACCUGAGCGCUCGGAGGUCGACCCCACCUCUACCUCAUCCACGACCAUUCGAAAGCAGCGUCAAGCACUCGAAGCGAGACUCCUUCUCCUUCAGCAGGCUAACAAGUGUCUUCGAGAGAACGCGCUGACCACUCUACCGCAGGACAUAGCGCGAUGGCGGGAAGCAGGCCAGCUUGCCGCUCAGGAUCUGUGGAAGAUGACGGGUGCCGAUGGUGGAGAUUGGUCCGGUUUGAGCGGGAGAUCGCGGGGUGACUACGGUCUUGAAUCGCCUUCCUCGUCUUUGCAGAAACGAAAGGCAGGUUCGUGUAGUCCACCGUUGCUCGCGCGCAGAUCGCGCAACAUCUCGCCGGGCGCUGAGGAGGAGGCUGCAGCACUGCGCUCGAUCGAAGACCUGCAACGCGAGGCAAAGGGAGAAGACAGCCAGGGUGGACUUUCGGAGACGUCGCUGCCAGAGGUGUCCGAGCUGCUGCGUCGAUCGCAGUCGGUCGUUGGAUCAGCCUCCACGCCGAGACAGCGGGAGAGUGCGUUGGGGACCCAGGAGGCAUCGUCGACGGCUGGCGAAAGGGGGAUGGAGCGCAAGUGGAACAUCGGGAGCAUGCUCGAUAUGCUCGGCGCGGACAAGUCGAUGCUCGACUGGGAUGGUGAGGAGGAAGACUUUCGCGAUGCAUCAACCAUCUAA